GCAAAAACCUUAAUGCCAAAAAAAGGAAAGUGUGCACUGUAAUAUAAUACAGUAGCAGAUUGAGAGACACUAGAGAUUCACAGAGAGAGAGAGAGAGUCCAAAUUCCAAAUUCCCAAUUUUGUUGUUUAAUUUUAGGGUUUUGGAGAGUGAGAGAGAGAGCAUAAAACAGAGAGAGGAAAUGUCAGACCUAGAUAGGCAAAUAGAACAGCUAAAGAAAUGCGAGCCAUUAAAAGAAUCAGAAGUGAAAGCUCUUUGUCUUAAAGCUAUGGAAAUACUUGUCGAAGAAAGCAACGUUCAACGUGUCGAUGCUCCUGUCACAAUAUGUGGAGACAUUCAUGGGCAGUUCUAUGAUAUGAAAGAGCUUUUCAAGGUUGGAGGGGAUUGUCCAAAGACUAAUUAUUUGUUUCUUGGAGAUUUUGUUGACAGAGGAUUUUAUUCUGUUGAGACAUUUCUGCUUCUCCUAGCCCUAAAGGUGAGGUAUCCAGAUAGGAUAACUCUCAUUAGAGGGAACCAUGAGAGCCGUCAGAUAACACAGGUGUAUGGAUUUUACGAUGAAUGCCUACGUAAAUAUGGCUCUGUGAAUGUUUGGAGAUACUGCACAGAUAUUUUUGAUUACUUAAGUUUAUCAGCUCUCAUUGAGAACCGGAUUUUCAGUGUUCAUGGUGGUCUCUCUCCUGCCAUAUCAACAUUGGAUCAGAUCCGAACAAUUGAUAGAAAGCAAGAGGUACCUCAUGAUGGUGCCAUGUGUGACCUUCUCUGGUCUGAUCCUGAAGAUAUUGUAGAGGGUUGGGGCUUGAGUCCACGUGGUGCUGGUUUUCUAUUUGGUGGCAGUGUGGUCACUUCUUUUAACCACUCAAACAAUAUUGAUUAUAUAUGUCGUGCUCAUCAGUUGGUAAUGGAAGGAUACAAAUGGAUGUUCAAUAACCAAAUAGUGACUGUUUGGUCGGCUCCAAACUACUGUUAUAGAUGUGGUAAUGUGGCUGCAAUUCUGGAGUUGGACGAGAACUUGAAUAAGAAGUUUCGUGAUUUUGACGCAGCUCCACAGGAAUCAAGAGGAGCGCCAGCAAAAAAAGCUGCACCUGAUUACUUCUUAUGAUACAAUUGGCUAAGCCUAGUAUCACUAUAAAUUGAAUUGAUGAAGAAGAACUUCAGUUGGAUUAUGAAGAAAAUCUGGAGUAACAUCAGAACUAUUGGAGUGGUUACCCAGUGAUCAAGUUCUUGAAAUGACCGGGAGACCUUACUUUAUGGUUUUUAAUCCAUUCGGUUUAUUGAGGGUGUGCUCUUUUAUAUUCCCACUUCCACCACCAUUGUUGUUACAUGUCUGUGUAAUAUUAUUAUUAUUCUUGUAUAUCAUGCAAUGUGCGAGUGAAUCAUAUAGGACACCCACCUUUCAUCAACAUGGGUAGAGAUAAAGGGGUCUUGUAACAGGAAUUCGAUUUGCUUUCAUUUCAUUGAGGAAAUUACUAGAUUAGGUUUUUAGGAGCAAACAUUGAAAGGAUAAACAGAAGAAGUGUAAGUUGUCAUAUUUGUUAUGCUUUGUCCUUUUGGACAAUAAAAAAUAUUUAUGAUCGUCUUCUUUCA